CCGGUUAUCCUCUACACGAACAAGCUGGUUAACAACGAUACAAGCAAUGGGACGGCCAAAUGGAAUUUUGAGUUUGCUCCUGGUAAGUCUGAUAUCCCAGGCGAAAGGAAUGCCUCGGGCAGAAGACGAUUCGGGAUGUCUGCCACAAAGUGACCCCAACUACAAAAUAAACGUGCCACACCCAACAGACUGCACCAAGUACUAUUCCUGCGCAAAUGGGCAUGGAGUACUGAUGCCGUGCCCGAGUGGCACAGAGUUCAACCCAACCCUGAUGAUAUGUGACUGGCCAGACCAAGCGGGCUGUGCAGCUCAUCAGCCUCCAACAACUACUACAACUACAACAACUGAGCUGCCAACCCACACUCCUUCAGUGCAACCAACAACUACUACAACAACUACUGAUUUGCCAACCCACACUCCUUCAGUGCAACCAACAGAACAACCAACUAAUCCUCCUAGUCAGCCACCAACAAACCCUCCUACACAAGAACCAACUGAUACUCCCACAGAGCCAACAACAGAGGAGCCAAUAGAAGACCCCACAGAAGAACCAACAGAGGAGCCAAUAGAUGAUCCCACAGAAGAACCAACAGGAGAGCCCAUAGAAGACCCCACAGAAGAACCAACAGAGGAGCCAAUAGAAGACCCCACAGAAGAACCAACAGAGGAGCCAAUAGAUGAUCCCACAGAAGAACCAACAGGAGAGCCCAUAGAAGACCCCACAGAAGAACCAACAGAGGAGCCAAUAGAAGACCCCACAGAAGAACCAACAGAGGAGCCAAUAGAUGAUCCCACAGAAGAACCAACAGAAGAGCCCAUAGAAGACCCCACAGAAGAACCAACAGAGGAGCCAAUAGAAGACCCCACAGAAGAACCAACACAGGAGCCAAUAGAAGAUCCAACAGAACAACCAACAGAUGAGCCAAUAGAUGAUCCCACAGAAGAACCAACAGAGGAGCCAGUAGAAGACCCCACUGAAGAACCAACAGAGGAGCCAGUAGAAGAUCCAACAGAACAACCAACAGAGGAGCCAAUAGAAGAUCCCACAGAUGAACCAACUGAGGAACCAGUAGAAGAUCCUACAGAAGAACCAACAGACAAACCAAUAGAAGAUCCUACAGAGGAACCAACUGAGGAGCCAGCUGAAGAUCCCUCAGAAGAGCCAACAGAUGUUCCCACAGAGCCACCAACAGAAGAGCCAACAGAUGUUCCCACAGAGCCCCCAACAGAAGAGCCAAUUGAAGAUCCCACCGAACAGCCAACAGAAUCUCCCACAGAAGCACCAACAGAAGAGCCAACUGAUGCUCCUACAGAAGUUCCAACAGAAGAAACGACAGGAGAGCCAACAGAAGCACCAACAGAAGAGCCAACAGAAGAGCCAACAGAAGAGCCAACAGAAGAACCCACAGACUCACCAACAGAAGAACCAGUAGAAGAGCCCACAGAGGCACCGACAGAAGAGCCAACCGAUGCAACCACAGAAGCUCCAACAGAGAAGCCAGCAGAAGAACCACAAGAUCCAACAGAAGCUCCUACAGCAGUGCCAACACAAGAACCAACAGAUAUUCCCACAGAGGAACCAUCUGAGGCUCCUACAGAUGCGCCAACAGAAAAACCUACAAAUGCUCCCACUGAGAUACCAACAGAAGACCCGACAGAAGAACCUACACGUACUCCAGCUACCACCCCACCCACAGAAGCCCCAACAACAAGGCCAACUAUAACUGAAAUUCCUUCUACCGCCACUCCUUCAGAUGUGCCAACAUUAGCUCCCACAUAUCCACCUACUACUACUACUACAAUAAAGCCAACUAAUGUACCAACUGAUGCUCCACCAACCAUUGUCAGUCCAACAUCUGCACCAACAGUAACAACGACGAGUGAACUGCCUCAAAGUACGACUCCCAGCUUACCACCUCCAACCACCACUACAACCACUACUACAACCACCUUGAGACCACAUAUACCAACCAGUUCUCCGACGACCACAAGUACAACGACCACUACCACGAUCCGUACCCCUACCAGACCUAAACCAUCUUUGGGUUUCUCGUUCUGGCCCCCAACGCCACGUCCUUUCUGGCGUAGGUGGUGGCGAAACUCGCCAUCAAUAAGUUAUGGCUCUCACGCCAGGAGGCAUUGGCUGUGGUAGGCGUCGACAUGGCGACUGUGUGCACAGUGUAACUGACACUCAGCGUAUUUAACUCUUUGUCGUGACUUGUCCUAUGUAACUAUGUACCUCUGAUCAAGGAUCUUUAACUAUGUAUUCCUGUAUUUUUUUAGCUAUAAGAUGCAACUUUGAAAAAAAUUGUAGUGCCAUAUAUUUGUCAUUCCACAAUACUGCGAAAAAAUAUAUAUUGUUCCUAAUUAACAACAGAUUAAAGCAUUUUCCUCUGCAAAAGAUCUUUUAUUGUGUAUUCCGCUAGUUUGUAGCAAUAAGAUGCCACCUUGACAAAUUUUAUAGUGCCAUAUAUUUAUCAUUCCACAGUAUUGCGAAAGAUUGUGUAUUGUUUGUGAUGAAUAAUAUAACAAAGCAUUUUCCUCUACGAAAGAUCUUUUAUUGUGUACCCCUGUAUUUUAUAAUUAUAAAUAUUUUGUGCUGUAUUUUUGUCUUUCCUUGAUAUUGCUAAUAAAUAUGUAUUCUCUGCCGUGAAUAA